AUGAAGUUCAUCGGUCUCCGUCUAUACUGCAUUGACAAUGAGUGGAAGUUUGGUUCAAUCCUCCUAGGGACUCGUCACUUCAAGCCGCUCUACGGUGAACGCGAUCAGGGCAUUCGGGGACCGUAUGCGCGAUGGCUGAAGCAGAUCCUCGCUGACUUCGGUCUAACAACUGCGGACUUCUUUGGGGCAACGACGGGCGGCGGACCCGACGUCAAGUGGAUGAUGGAGUCGGGCUUACGCCUGCAGUGGGAAUGGUGUUGGCCACAUCUGACCAAUGCCGCUACGAAGGCAGCUUUUGGCAUGACCGGGGAUCGAACCCCUGAUAUGCGUUCUUUGCUCAGCAAGGUGACAACCACCAUUUAUCAGGUGCGGUCGGCGGAGGUGGUGGGGAGCCUUUACGCUGAGUUGGUCGACGCUCUUGGGAUCGGCAAGGAAAAGAAACUAGUCGACUACAAGCCCCAUCGAUUUAUGGGGCUGACCCAGGUAUUUCGCCGAAUUGUGAAACGCUGGGAAGUGCUCGAGUUGUGGUACGAGGAGCGCACAAGGAAGUUUGAGCGAGACAGAAAAGCUCUUCCGAACCCCUUUCCGUUAUCCGGCAAGAAGCAGCUCAUGGAGCAGCUAUUGUCGCUGCUCAUUCCCAUCUUUGCAGUGAAUGUCAAGAGCCAAGCAGAAAAGGCCAACCAAGUGGACGUCCUCUUGGCCGUGUACAAGCUGGGUAUGCAGACGCUGGCUGUGGACCAACCGCUGGUCAAGUUUGAUUCGACAAAAGAGCACGUUGUUCACUAUCACCCCACCGAGCUACUGCCGUUAGCUGAGACCACUCGGAACCUGCUGAGCCAAGCCUUUCAAACGCGGUUCUUUUCUCGAUACACGUGUCGUGAAGCGAUGAAGAAGUGCUCAUUUGUAGCCCAGCGCCUAAGUGAUGGCGUGAUCGAGCGCAACAAAUACGCCAUGAAGAAACUUGUUCUCCAGCGCCUCAAGACGAUCAUGCUGUCGCUUCAACCUUCGGAAGUCGAGCCUGCGAUGCAAGUACCGGCAGCAUUCUAUCACAAUGGUGGAUUUUCAGAGGACCUGUGCGACUUCUUGCCGCUGACGAUGGCCCAGGCACCUGAGCAACCGACUCCACAGAUGCUCCUCGAAGACCGGGUUGAUGAGGUGCUGGACCGGCGGUUCAGUGACCCACAACUUUUGGCAGCCACAUCAGAGACCGAUGUUGAGACCGUUCUCAACUUUUGCAAGCGGAUGCUAGAGACUGGUACCUAUCGCUGUUUACCUCAAGUUGCGCGUAUCGUGUUUGCUGUUCAAGCUUCUUCGGCUCAAAUUGAGCGCGAUUUCGGGGUCAGCAGAAUGAUGGUGACAUCCCAACCUGAGGCCAAGAACGCUAUCCCGUCUAACGUGACGUUCGACUUGGAGCCGUUGAACCCCAUGACGAUUUUUGAAAGCGAGUGGGAAAUUGCGCUGUCAAGUGCCUUCUCUCUGUCAGCUGAGCUAUAG